AUGGAUCGUGAUGCUGGAAUAUUUAAGCAAUCCUUCACAUUUAUGAUCGGGGGGAAUAGUGGAUUACAUCCACCUCAAGAAUUAUCUUUUCGAUAUAUCAUGAACGCGUUUUUGGGACUUGGAAUUGUCCCGUUGCGUCGUCUUC